CGUGAUCUCUCACUUAAUCGCCAAUCAACAGUGACCCCCGAGUAACCCGUUUGGAGAAGACCCAGCAAUUAAAGACUGAAGUAGACAAAAUAAGAACCACAAGAUGGCUUUUGACCCUUUAAGUUCCUACACACUUCCCGGCGAGCACCAGGUUGAGGGGUUGUUGUUAAACAUAAUGACGUCUGAGAGAUUCUUGAGAAAGAUUCAGCAACUCAAGUUUGAGGCGACAGACGUCAUUGUCGCUUCUUAUCCUAAGACAGGGGUGACUCUCUUACAGGAAAUGGUUUAUCUAGUACGUAAUAAUGGUGAAGAUAAUGACCAAAUUAAUUUCUCCAAAGUGCCUUUCAUCGAGAUUAACGUAACAGACGACAUUGACCUUUUGGAUAAAACGUUCCAUUCUCUCCCUCACCCGAGGACCAUCAAGACGCAUUUUCCGUUGAAUGUGAUGAAGGACGCAAUUCUUGAGCAGAAGGUACGCUGCGUUUACAUCAUGAGGAACCCCAAAGAUGCCAUAGUCUCGUAUUACCAUUUCUACAGGAUGAACGUGGCAUUCGGCAAUUUCCCGGGAACUUGGGACGAGUUCUUUGAGAUGGUGAUGGUGGAUCAUCUCCUUUACGGCAGUAUCUUUGACCAUUAUCUCAGCUGGUGGCGCCAGCGUGACCAACCGAAUCUCCAUUUUGUGAGAUACGAGGAUCUCCUCAGUCAGCCGAAGGAAGAAAUAGCAAGAAUAGCAAAAUUCUGUGACGAGAGGCUCUCCGAUGACGUCACUGAUAAGAUCAUUCAAGCGACUCGUUUUGAUACCAUGAAAAAUAACCCGAGAACAAACGGCUCGACCGUUCCAGGUUUCCGUCAGGAGAUCAGCCCGUUCAUCCGGAAAGGCAUCAGCGGAGACUGGAAGAACCAUUUCUCUGCCGACCAGAGUACGAGGUUUGAUGCACUGAUGGCCGAGAAACUGUCUGGUGAGACAGAUCUUGUCAAAUACCUGGCCAUGGGAGAGUAG